AACUGAUGCUCUCACGGUUUUAGGUAUGUCUGGAGCAUGGUGUUGAUUGAUCCUCCUGCGGUGUUAUUGUCAUUUAAAGCGUGAGCUUGAUAUUUACCAAUAUUUAUUGGAACAGAUGAAGGAGACGCCAAUAAGGCACGUCGCCGCUGUUGCGGUUUGCUAUCUAUACGUAAACGCAAGACUAAUCAGACCGUGCCUUACUAUAAUGUCCUGUCGGCGAACGUGUCGGAGAACGAGAUCACCAUCACGUAUGCGGAACCCAUGUCCAAAAGCCAUGUCACUGUUGGCUAUAUCCACUACCCGAUCGAUCUGGAGCAGAAGUCGAAAGCGGACACUUGGGCGGAAAAGCUGUUACAGCUCUCCUAUGGAGAGGCGAAGCCCAAGAAGAAGCUGAAGGUCUUGAUAAACCCGUUUGGUGGUAAAGGAAUGGCUCCGACGUAUUAUUCCCGCUAUGCAGAACCUAUCCUAGCUGCGGCGGGUUGCGAUCUCGAUGUGCAGACGACGACUCACCGCGGACACGCGACCGAUAUUGCAGAGAAGCUGGACAUCAACGCGUACGAUGCGGUCGUGGCAUGCUCCGGCGAUGGAUUGCCCUACGAGAUCUUCAACGGUCUGGCGAAGAAGCCCAACGCACGAGAAGCACUGGCGAAAGUUGCUGUGGGUAUGAUACCGUCUGGUUCCGGAAAUGGAAUGGCCAUGAAUCUCUAUGGCUCUCCCAGCGUAAGCUUGGCCGCCCUGGCGAUCGUGAAAGGAAAGCGGAUGCCACUGGAUCUGGCGUCUAUAACUCAGGGCGACACACGAACACUUUCGUUCCUGUCGCAAUCAUUCGGAAUCGUGGCAGAAUGUGAUCUAGGGACGGACAACAUCAGAUGGAUGGGUCCGCAUCGAUUCACAUAUGGCUUUUUGGUGCGCUUGAUGGGUAAAACCGUCUGGCCCUGCGACGUGGCCGUCAAGGUGGAGGUUGGUGACAAACAAGCCAUCAAGGAUCAUUACCGCGCGGAAGUACACAAGGAACCGCGGCUACUCACCGAUACGGAGGUUGAAGAGCUGCCGGAAGGCCUCCCUCCUCUUCGAUACGGGACCGUGAACGACGAGAUUCCCGAUGACUGGGAGCGCCUACCAGGAGAGACGAUGGGGAACUUCUAUGCGGGCAAUAUGGCUUGGAUGUCUUCUGAUGCCAACUUCUUCCCCGCUGCCCUCCCGAAUGAUGGCCUAUUGGAUUUGGUUACCAUUGACGGAACCAUUCCUCGCCUCAAGUCCCUCUCUAUGCUGCUGGCAGUUGAAGACGGUAGUAUUUUUGAUAUUCCCGAGGCACAUUUCCGCAAGGUGUCUGCCUACCGGCUGGUCCCUAAGCAGACCGAAGGAUACAUCAGUAUCGACGGAGAGAGAGUGCCCUUUGCCCCGAUCCAGGUCGAAGUUCACAAAGGGCUAGGGACCGUGCUCUCGGUUUCAGGCAAGGCCUACGAAGCGAAGGGCCCUCCGGGGACACAGACGUAAGAAUAGGCAGGAUCCCGAGCGUGAAAGAUGUCUCAUGUGUUUAUGUUCGCGUUAUCAUGAUACCCAGGAAAACGGAAUUCAGAAGAUGGAAUGGCUUGGUUAAGAGGCCUAGCCUUCACCUGUGGGGUUGACUGUAGCAUUGUUUCUAUCGAUACUUUUGUAUACUAUCCGACGUAUAACUAAUGUCUUUGGACUCCCUCCCAUACCACUCAGAGGGGGCAGCAUUCGUGUGACAGAGUAUUAAUAAUGCUAAUUUCUGCAGCCUUGGGUCUGCUAAUACAUGUAUAAUGUGCUGUCUUCAAGGAUUACUACAAUCAUAGGGGGUCAACGAGUAUUAUCGAUGUAAGGUGUCGAAAUACACUGAGUCGGACGGAAAGUUUUGCGUGGCCGUGGAAUUUUAUCAAUUUCUCGUAUGCAAAGAAUUA